GACAUAAAAGAUCGAACCAAUAUGAAAAGCAAUUUUACUACAGGUUUUAAAAUCAUCGAUUAAAAGCACGCUUCUCUAGUUUAAAGUUAAACAGCGGCAGUUGAUAUUUAAACUUGGACAGGAGAAUUUACUAUGGCUAACAUCGAGGAAUGUUUCGCGGCGUGCGGGAAUGGCGAAUGCCUCAACCGGAUGCAGGCUUACAGCGCCCUCUACAUGUGUGAGAAGACGCCAACCAGCUUCCAACUGAAGUCCUUCUGGGACGACCAUGGCCUAGGAGACGAUGACACAAUAAACCUUGACCUGUUCAGGCAGCUCUGCGACAAGGUGUCUGACCUAACAGAGGAAGAGUUCCGGGAAUCAUUGAAGAAAUUCGACAAAGACAACAACGGGAAAAUAAGCGCGAACGAGUUACGCUCCAUUUUGAUGGCACAGGAUACCAUACUGGGAACAAGUAUAGCGGAUGAGAACGACGAGGCUAUGGAGGAAAUCAUUACCAGAUUGGACCUCAACGGAGAUGGUGUUCUCGACAUCGAAGAACUGACAAGAGCAAUCAUGACAUAUGGUGACGUCAGCUAAAGAUUCCACAUAGGACGUGUGCAGGAAUCAAUACGUCAGCACGCGCAUUGCUUGGGUUAUUUGGUGUGGUUUUUUUCGAAAUUUUGAUCAUGUAAAAGUAAACAAUAACUGAUCUUAAUUAGAUUGUUAAGCUUAUGUAAAAUAUGUUUAGUAUAUAUGCCAAACAAGUGUAAAAAAACUGUCAAUAAGUUGUUAUUUUGAAUAAGAAAUAUAAUCACCCAAAAUCAGGCCAAUCGUAACAACAUAUAGAGGAAUACCUGUUAGUUUUGGAAGAGUAUCAUUCACAAGUGAUCAGAUAAAUUAAUAUGUUCAUGGGUGGUACAGCCAAUAGUGAAACUAUUUAUUUUUCAUUAUCACGAAUGAAGACACAGCGGUAAUCUGCCGAAACAAAAUAUAUAUCCUAAUGCGGUUUCUACCGAUUGCUAGUAUUAACAUAAACAAUUAUUUUAUAAAAGAGUUAAACUGGAUACUUUGCUAUGAUAAUCACGUCAUGACGUAAAAAAGAACGUCAGUCCAUAGUAAAACUUCGACAAAUAUGGAUACUUUCCAUGGUUAUUUUUCACUGUUAGAAACAAUGAAUUGUUUUUAAAUCACUGAGAUUUCCUUAUUUCACAGAAAAGCAUUACAUUAUAACCUUAAAAGGUUUAAUAUAUAUGUAUCGUUUAAUUAAUCGAUGUCACAGUUUCUGCCGUGAUUGGUGUACCAAUAAUGAUUUUAUGUGAAACUCACAUGUUAGUAAAACAUAAUAAUAACACGUUGUAAGUUCUUUUAUUUAUUUAUAAAUGAAAUGAAUUGUAAAUAGUACAUUAACAAAUACCAUAAUAAAAUCGAAGUAAUAACAGACGGUGUUAAUUUAUGUGACAAUAUGUACAAUUUAAAAUCAGUACAUGAACAUGUACGGCAAGCGUUAUAUUUCAAAGAGAUUGCAUUAAAAAUUGAUCGGGACACAAAACUGUCAAAAAGUUCAUUGAUCACUUAAUCAAAAGUGAGCUAAAAUUAAAAAAUAUAUUCCUAAAUUGUCUUUAUUUAAAACAAUUAGUUGUUUUUGCUUCUAAAGAAUGAGCGAAAGAUAUGUCAAGCAAUAAUUAUAUAUUACAAAAAAGUCACCAAGAUAAAAACAAAAAGGUUCGAAAUGCAUGAACACGCAUUCAUUCAGCUUCAUGGCUUAUACGAAAAAAGUAAGGAUUUGCAUGAUUAAAUUGUAAUAGAAAAAUACCUGCGAGUAUUAUUUGGUAAUAAUUGCUUCGAUGAACUAUGGUUUUACUGCCAUACAUUUUUGUAGAGAUUAACAGUGUUAAUUAAACAUUUUUUUAAAUAAAGCACGAAAUGUAUUAUUAUU